GCGUGUGCGCAUGCGCACUGUCACAUCCACCGUGGACAUCUUGGAAUUAAAGGGGCGCCGAGCGAAUCCUGACAAAAGCGACAAUUCCAGGCCUCUGUGAGAUCAUGUCCAUGAUGCUGUCCCCUCGUGAUGAGAAGCUGGAGAAGCUGUCGCAGGAGGAGAUCAUCUCCAACACCAAGCUGGUGAUCCAGGGUCUGGAGGCGCUGAAGAACGAGCACAACUCCAUCCUGCACAGCCUGCGGGAGACCAUCAAGUGUCUGAAGAAGGACGAGGAGGCCAGCGUGGUGCACGAGAAGUCCAGCCUGCUCAGGAGAUCUGUGGAGAUGAUCGAGCUGGGGCUGGGCGAGGCUCAGGUGAUGAUGGCUCUGUCAAAUCAUCUGAACGCGGUGGAGUCGGAGAAGCAGAAGCUGCGAGCUCAGGUGAGGCGUCUCUGUCAGGAGAACCAGUGGCUGCGAGACGAGCUGGCAAACACACAGCAGAAGCUGCAGAAGAGCGAGCAGAGCGUGGCACAGCUGGAGGAGGAGAAGAAGCACCUGGAGUUCAUGAACCAGCUCAAGAAGUACGACGAGGACGUGUCUCCUUCGGAGGAGAAGGACGGUGAGCCGCCCAAGGACUCUCUGGAUGAUCUCUUUCCUAACGAUGAGGAGGAACACACUCAAGGAAUGCAGCACCAGCACAACAGUGCGGCGGUGGCGGCGGCUCAGCAGGGCGGGUACGAGAUCCCGGCGCGGCUCCGGACGCUGCAUAACCUGGUGAUCCAGUACGCGUCUCAGGGCCGCUACGAGGUGGCUGUGCCGCUCUGCAAACAAGCUCUGGAGGAUCUGGAGAAAACCUCGGGACACGACCACCCCGACGUGGCCACCAUGCUCAACAUCCUGGCACUCGUGUACAGGGAUCAGAAUAAAUAUAAAGAGGCGGCUCACCUGCUGAACGACGCUCUCUCCAUCAGAGAGAAAACACUGGGCAAAGACCAUCCUGCUGUUGCAGCCACUCUCAAUAAUCUGGCAGUGCUGUACGGGAAGAGAGGCAAGUAUAAGGAGGCCGAGCCGCUGUGUAAACGAGCUCUGGAGAUCCGAGAGAAGGUGCUGGGGAAGGAUCAUCCUGACGUGGCGAAGCAGCUGAAUAACCUGGCGCUGUUGUGUCAGAAUCAGGGCAAGUAUGAGGAGGUGGAGUAUUAUUACUGCAGAGCGCUGGAGAUCUACGAGUGUCGGCUCGGCCCAGACGACCCCAACGUGGCCAAAACCAAGAACAACCUGGCGUCCUGCUUUCUCAAACAAGGCAAAUACAAAGAAGCCGAGGUUCUGUACAAAGAGAUUCUGACCCGUGCUCACGAGAAGGAGUUCGGAUCGGUGGAUGCCGAAAACAAGCCCAUCUGGAUGCACGCGGAGGAGAGAGAGGAGAUGAGCAAGGGGAAGCACAGAGACAACACACCAUACGGGGAAUACGGAGGCUGGUACAAAGCCUGUAAAGUCAACAGCCCGACGGUCAACACGACGCUGAGGAAUCUGGGCGCUCUGUACCGCAGACAGGGCAAGCUGGAGGCAGCGGAGACGCUGGAGGAGUGCGCCGUUUGAGAGUGGGAGUGAGGUCUGGAUCCGGUCCAUCAGACGCGUGUGGUGGAGCUCCUGAAGGAGGACGGCCGGCGCAGCAGAGACAGUGUGUCCAGCGUGAAGUACGAGAGCGGCUCUGAGGCCGGCGAUGAAGUGAGUAUGGCUGUAGAGUGGAGCGGGGAUGGCAGUGGUGUUCUGCAGCGCAGCAGCUCUAUGGGGCGUCUCAGAGAUGUGCUGCGCAGAAGCAGUGAGAUGCUGGUGAAAAAACUCCAAUUAAAUGCACCUCCAGACACACACAACAAAAUGAAACGCGCCGCUUCACUCAGCGUCCUGAACAAGACGGGCGACGAGUCCUUCCAGAAUCUGGGCGGCCGGCGGCUGAGAGACAGUCGAGGAUUGAGCUCCAGUAAUGUGGAUCUGUACAACAGCAGUUAAAUCAGUCCCGAGCGGCUGCUGUUACCUGAUAAAGCCAUAAAAUACGCCCUCGUCAGGGACGCACAUUAGUGAUUAGGAGUAGAUGGUGUCUUCUGGGUGAAAGGGAACUUCUGCUGCUGCUUUACUGUGCUCACACUCUAUAUAUGUAGUGUAUGUUGACAUGGAUCUGUUACAGAGACGAUCGAAGCAAACGCUGCAGCUGUUCCUGAUGAUCUUCUGCAGCUGCUCGUCUCAGAGCUCAUUUAUGGGUCUGUUUCUCUCUGAGGGAAGGAUUUCUUUCUUUUCAUCUGGGUUUGGGUUCAUAGUGGAUUUUGAAACUCAUUAAGAAAAAAUAGAAUUGAAGAGAACUUGCUGUGCUGAAAUAAUGAAGAUCACAUAACGAUCAACACACACACACUCACGCGCACGCACACACACACUCACACACACACACACACACUAACACAC